UUUUAAGGUGGAGGUUGGCAGAUUUUUGAUUAGUACGGGUGUCAGGGGUUAUGGGGAGAAGGCAGGAGAAUGGGAUUGAGAGGGAACGAUAGAUCAGCCAUUGUUGAAUGGCAGACUAGACUUGAUGGGCCAAAUGGCCUAAUUUUGUUCCCAGAACUUAUGAGUAUGAUUGGAUAGUUCGGUUUGCAGAGACUACCGAAGAAACAGUCUAUGAUAAGGUGAGCAAGCAGAAAGUCCCAGGAAUGGCUGAGGAAAGGGGUGGGGUGGAAUAAUCCACAUGUUGAAGUUGUAUGAGACGUUGGUGAGGCCGCAUUUAGAGUAUGGUGUUCAAUUCUGGGCACUGUGUUAUAGGAAAUAUGUCGUCAAGCUGGUAAGGGUGCAGAGAAGAUUUAGGAGAAAGUUGCCAGUACAGGAGUAGAGGAUGUGAGCUAUAGGGGGAGGUCGAGUAGGCUGGGUCUAUUCCUUGGAGCACAGGAGGAUGAGGGGUAAUCUUAUUAUAAAAUCAUGAGAGGAAUAAAUUGGGUAGUUGCACAGAAUCUCUUGCCCAGAGUAGUGGAAUCGAGGACCAGAGGACAUGGGCUUAAUAAGGUGUAGGGGAAAACAUUUAAUAGAACCGCACGGAAACCUUGGGUGGGGCAUAAAGUGUCCAGAGGUUUCCGUUCAGGUUUCGUAAGUGGGACAGGGGCAUUAGACAGGUACAAGGAUAGGACAGGUUGGUGGGAGUAGUGUAGCUGGAACAUGUUGGCCGGUGUGGGCAAGUUGGGCUGAAGGGCCUGUUUCCCCACUGUAUCACUCUUAUGACUCUAAACAUACAACCAAAAACUGUGAAAAUGUCUUCAUUCAAUCUCAGUGUCUAUACAUUCAAUAGUGUCAUACCAGAGCCAAGUGUUUUAUUGUCAUAUGUCACAGAUGGAACAAUGAAAUUCUUACUUGCAGCAGCACAAUAGAAUAUGUAAACAUGGUACACUGUAAACAAUAAAUGGAAAAAAAGUUCUCACACACACACGAACUCAUAUACAUGCACAUAAAAGCAAACAAAUAAAUAAAUGAACAAACAAUAAUAGUGUUCGCGCCUAUCUUUAAAAGAAGAUAUCUUAAAUUCAUUUUAUGGUUUAAGAAGGUUGCUUAAAUUGUUUUUUAUUAAUCAAAAUUAACUUUAUUCAGAAUAAAAAAUAAACAGAAAACAAUUAGCGUUGUACUACCCGGCACCCUUGCCACUCUAUUCCUUUUCUCCAGAGAUGCUGCAUGACCCACCGAGUUACUCCCAAUUUUUCGUGUCACCCUUGCCACUCAUGUGCCCCCCUGGGGUGCUAUCUUUUCCCUCAUUUGAGGGGUGACCUAGGUACCUUAAAUUCAGCAAAGGACAUGAUCACAAGUCAUUUCCCUUCGUAAUAUUCAGAGAAGUGCGUUUGCUCUCGGGUCGACAAACGUGGUGCCCCACCAGAUGGAUGGGGCGGGUUAAUGCAUGAAACAAAAACAAAAAACCCCACUAUCCUCGAAUGUGCCGCCUGGGAAGAAAGCUGUGCGGUAACAUUUCAAAACAUCUCCGAACGAAAAUAAACAUGCACAAAAAAGGAAAAGAACAUCACGCUUUGUCUUUUUUUACCCCCAAGCAGCACUCGUUCCAAACCAUCAUGUGAUAAGGUGUACACGUCUUUCACAUGACCUCCCUCCUCCAACCACCCCACCCGAGCCAGUCGUGCCAAUAUUUUUUUUGUUACAACCAGCGCUGUUCGAAGGGAACUGUUCCCCCCCCAAAAGCAACGUUGUAUGCAAUCUUGCGACAGUAUCCAGCGGGUUGAUCUUCAAUUCCUAAAGACUACAUGACAGUUCUUGGUGGAGCGAGCCUCUUAAUUAAAACCAAUUGCCCAAGUUGGGGGAAUGCUCGGUAUGUGUGUUGGGGCAACGUUCAGGAACCUCCACUGAAUAUAAUUGAAUGGAACGUUCCACUUUGGCAUUGCAGCAGUUGAAAGGACCCCAUGCCAACAAUCAUGACCACCGAUCACCCCGCACGUCAGCUUUUGGAUUUCAACCAGAAGCUUGACAUCAACCUGCUGGACAACGUAGUAAAUUGUUUGUAUCACGGGGAAGGCCCCCAGCAACGAAUGGCACAAGAGAUAUUAACUCAUUUGAAGGAGCAUCCCGAUGCGUGGACCAGGGUGGAUACCAUACUAGAGUUUUCUCAGAACAUGAACACAAAGUACUAUGCCUUGCAAAUACUGGAAAAUGUGAUUAAAACACGUUGGAAAAUACUCCCCAGGAAUCAGUGUGAAGGAAUAAAAAAGUAUGUCGUGGGUUUAAUAAUUAAAACGUCUUCAGAGACCUUGGAGAAAGAUAAAGUUUACCUUGGAAAACUGAAUAUGAUUCUUGUACAGAUUCUCAAACAUGAAUGGCCCAAAAAUUGGCCCACGUUUAUAAGCGACAUAGUGGGUGCCAGCAGAACCAGCGAGUCUCUGUGUCAGAAUAACAUGGUUAUUCUCAAGCUGCUCAGUGAAGAGGUGUUUGAUUUCUCCAGCGGGCAGAUGACACAGGUGAAAGCCAAGCAUUUAAAGGACAGUAUGUGCAAUGAAUUCUCACAGAUAUUUCAGCUCUGUCAGUUUGUGAUGGAGAACUCUCAGAACGCCCCUUUAGUCCACGCGACACUGGAGACUUUGCUACGGUUUCUGAACUGGAUCCCUUUAGGUUAUAUCUUCGAAACCAAACUCAUCACUAGCUUGGUGUACAAGUUUCUGAAUGUGCCCAUGUUUCGGAAUGUGACAUUGAAAUGUUUGACUGAGAUUGCUGGCGUCAAUGUCAGUCAGUACGAUGAACAGUUCGUCUCGUUGUUUACAUUAACGCUCAUCCAACUCAAACAGAUGCUACCUGCCAAUACAAACAUCCGGCUGGCUUAUGCAAACGGAAAGGACGAUGAGCAGAAUUUCAUCCAGAACUUGAGUCUCUUCUUGUGCACUUUCUUGAAGGAACACGGCACCUUGGUGGAAAGGACAAUGGAGCUCAGAGAGGGACUCUUAGAUGGUCUACACUACAUGAUCCUGAUCUCGGAAGUGGAAGAGAUUGAGAUUUUCAAGAUUUGUUUGGAGUAUUGGAAUCACUUGGCGGGAGAACUUUACCGGGAGAAUCCCUUCUCCAUCAGCGCCUCUCCAGCUCUGGGCAAUCCUCACAGCGAUGUCCCACCGAGAAGGCAGAUCUACCUACCGGUCCUAUCAAAGGUGAGGCUUAUCAUGAUCAGCCGAAUGGCGAAACCAGAAGAAGUGCUCGUUGUGGAGAAUGAACAGGGGGAAGUGGUUCGGGAAUUCAUGAAGGACACGGACUCCAUCAAUUUAUACAAAACUAUGAGGGAGACACUUGUCUACCUCACGCAUUUAGACUAUGCAGACACCGAGUGCAUCAUGACUGAAAAGCUGCACAACCAGGUGAAUGGCACGGAAUGGUCGUGGAAGAACCUCAACACCUUGUGCUGGGCCAUCGGCUCCAUCAGCGGAGCCAUGCACGAGGAGGACGAGAAACGGUUCCUUGUCACCGUCAUCAAGGAUUUGUUGGGUCUUUGUGAGCAAAAGCGUGGGAAGGAUAACAAGGCCAUCAUUGCCUCGAAUAUAAUGUACGUGGUGGGGCAGUAUCCCCGGUUCCUGCGAGCUCACUGGAAGUUCCUGAAGACUGUGGUGAACAAGCUCUUCGAGUUCAUGCAUGAGACACAUGACGGCGUGCAGGAUAUGGCUUGUGAUACAUUCAUCAAGAUCGCACAGAAGUGUCGGCGUCAUUUUGUGCAGGUGCAGGUGGGAGAGGUGAUGCCUUUCAUCGAUGAGAUCUUGACCAACAUCAACACCAUCAUAUGCGACCUGCAGCCUCAUCAAGUCCACACGUUCUAUGAAGCUGUUGGCUACAUGAUUGGAGCACAAACUGAUCAGACGGUGCAGGAACAUCUGAUUGAGAAGUACAUGCUUUUGCCUAACCAAGUGUGGGACAGCAUAAUUCAGCAAGCAACCAAGAACGUGGAUAUACUGAAGGACGCGGAGACGGUGAAGCAGCUCGGCAGCAUCCUGAAGACCAACGUGCGAGCCUGCAAGGCCGUCGGGCACCCGUUUGUAAUCCAGCUGGGACGGAUCUACCUGGACAUGCUCAACGUUUACAAGUGUUUGAGUGAGAAUAUCUCGGCUGCGAUCCAAGCUAACGGUGAAGUUGUUACCAAGCAGCCGUUGAUCAAAAGCAUGAGAACGGUGAAGAGGGAGACGCUGAAGCUAAUAUCUGGGUGGGUGAGCCGAUCUUCCGACCCACAGCUGGUUGCGGAGAACUUUGUGCCGCCGCUACUUGACGCAGUGUUGAUCGACUACCAGAGGAACGUCCCUGCAGCUCGGGAGCCUGAGGUAUUAAGCACCAUGGCCACCAUAGUGAACAAACUGGAGAACCACAUCACCGCAGAGGUCCCGCAGAUCUUUGACGCCUUGUUUGAGUGCACUCUGGAAAUGAUCAAUAAGGAUUUUGAGGAGUAUCCAGAGCACAGGACUAACUUCUUUCUGCUUCUUCAAGCCGUCAAUAGUCACUGUUUCCCAGCUUUCCUGAACAUACCUCCAGCCCAGUUCAAAUUGGUCCUUGACUCCAUUAUCUGGGCUUUCAAACACACCAUGAGGAACGUGGCUGACACAGGUUUGUCUAUUCUUUAUACGCUGCUGCAGAACGUUGCACAAGAGGAAGCAGCUGCACAGAGCUUUUACCAAACCUAUUUCUGCGACGUUCUCCAGCACAUAUUCUCAGUGGUGACGGAUACGUCGCAUACCGCAGGGUUGACGAUGCACGCUACCAUCUUGGCAUACAUGUUCAGCUUGGUGGAAGAUGGCCGCAUCACUUUGUCUUUGAGCCCAGCUACUCCCAACGUGAACAAUCAGAUCUUCGUGCAGGAGUUUGUGGCCAACCUGCUGAAAACUGCCUUCCCUCACCUCCAAGAUGCACAGAUUAAGAUUUUUGUGACUGGCCUGUUCAGCUUAAACCAAGACAUUCCAUCAUUCAAAGAACAUUUGAGAGAUUUCCUUGUCCAGAUAAAGGAAUUUGGUGGAGAAGACACCUCGGACUUGUUCCUGGAGGAGAGGGAAUCGGCCCUGCGGCAGGCCCAGGAAGAGAAGAGAAAGCAGCAGAUGACAGUGCCUGGGAUAUUGAACCCACACGAAAUACCCGAGGAGAUGUGCGACUGAGUGAUCCCAAAGUGUGAAAGAGAAGAG